AGGGGCUGUGUUUCUUGAGCUAGGGCGCAGCGGCACCUAGGGUUUCACUGCGCAUUGGUCGAGGCGCUGCGAGAUCGGGGGUAAUCGGCUUGGUUUCUAGCUAUGGUGGAGGCGCCAGAGGCUGUCCCCGAGGAGCGGCGAUGGAAGCUCGCGGAUUUCGACAUUGGGAAGCCUCUGGGCCGCGGGAAGUUUGGAAACGUGUAUCUCGCCAGAGAGAAGAGAAGUAAAUACGUUGUGGCGCUCAAAGUGCUGUUCAAGAACCAGCUCCAGCAGUCGCAAGUCGAGCAUCAACUGCGUCGCGAGAUUGAGAUCCAAAGUCACUUGAGACAUCCCAACAUUCUCCGUCUCUAUGGAUAUUUCUAUGAUCAGAAUAGAGUGUAUCUUAUACUCGAGUAUGCUGCCAAAGGCGAGCUGUACAAGGAACUCCAACGGUGCAAAGUUUUCUCCGAGAAGAGAGCGGCGACUUACAUCGCUUCUUUGGCAAGGGCAUUAAUGUACUGCCACGAGAAACAUGUCAUCCACAGAGACAUCAAGCCAGAAAAUCUCCUUAUUGGGAUGAAGGGUGAACUGAAAAUAGCUGACUUUGGGUGGUCAGUCCAUACAUUUAACCGGAGGCGGACGAUGUGUGGAACUCUCGACUAUCUCCCUCCAGAAAUGGUGGAAAAUAAGGAGCACGAUGCAAGCGUAGAUGUGUGGAGCUUGGGUGUUCUCUGCUACGAGUUCCUGUUUGGCACUCCUCCUUUCGAAGCUCAGAAACUGUCGGAUACCUACAGACGCAUUGUCCGAGUGGAUUUGAAGUUUCCAAUCAAGCCAGUGAUCUCUACAGCGGCAAAAGAUCUCAUAUGCCAGCUUCUAUGCAAGGAUUCUUCGCAAAGACUUCCUCUGAAAGAACUUCUCGCUCAUCCAUGGAUUACUGCUAAUGCAGAUCCAUCGGGGAUUUAUGCUGGCAGUGGUGGAGCUAGUGCAUAGCGAAAGAAAUAAAAUGGGAAAGGAAAAUCUAAUCUGUGAAAAGAUUAAUAUAAAAAACCGUCAAAGAAACUU